AUGGUUGAGGACAAUAACCUGGGCUGUGAAGUCAGCAGCUCCUUUAGGUGGGUUGCUUUUAGAAUCUCCAGCUACAUAACCACGACGCAAUUCCUUUACAGAGACGUUCUUGACAUUGAAACCUACAUUGUCUCCAGGCACAGCCUCCUGCAGAGCUUCAUGGUGCAUUUCAACAGACUUUACUUCAGUGGUGAUGUUCGCUGGGGCAAAGACCACAACCAUACCAGGUUUUAG